AUGGCAGACAAGUUAACAGAAGAACAAAUAUCGGAAUUCAAAGAAGCCUUUAGUUUGUUUGAUAAAGAUGGAGAUGGAACUAUAACAACGAAGGAGUUAGGAACGGUCAUGAGGUCUUUAGGACAAAAUCCAACUGAAGCAGAAUUGCAAGAUAUGAUUAAUGAAAUUGAUACAGAUGGGAAUGGAACGAUCGAUUUUCCCGAAUUUCUAACUUUAAUGGCAAGAAAAUUAAAAGAUACAGACACUGAAGAAGAAUUAAUCGAAGCUUUUCGAGUUUUUGAUAGAGAUGGUGAUGGAUAUAUAAGUGCAGAUGAAUUAAGGCAUGUCAUGACAAAUUUAGGAGAAAAAUUAACAAAUGAAGAAGUUGAUGAAAUGAUAAGAGAAGCUGAUAUUGAUGGUGAUGGACAAAUUAAUUAUGAAGAGUUUGUUAAAAUGAUGAUAGCCAAAUGA